AUGGCUCCAGCACCUGUCCUGGCCACCUCCGCCUACUACGCCCCCGGCGUGGUGUCAUCCGCCUCCAAAUAUCUCCAUGUCUCGGGCCAACCAGGCACCAUUGAAGGCACUGCCCCCGCCGACUACAAUUCGCAGAUCCAUCUUGCCCUCGUGAAUUUGCAUCGUGUGCUAGCCGCCACCGGCGCUACACCCCGCGAUGUAGUCAAACUCACCCUCUACAUCGUCGACUAUGACCCCAACAACCGUCUACACACUCGACCCCUGCAGACAUGGCUAGCUGGCCACAAACCAGCCAUUACUCUUGUUCCAGUACCUCAACUAGCAGUUCCGGACUGGAAAUUCGAAAUCGAAGCCACCGUCGCGGUGCCUGACUCCAUUCCAGCUUCGCUCUCUCUUCCUUCCCCCACAGAAACGACUGAUGUUCUCGUCAUUGGCGCCGGCCUGUCUGGCCUCAUGGCCGCCGAGACCACCCUCCAGUCCGGUCACUCGUGCAUUGUGCUCGAAGGCCGCGACCGCGUGGGCGGCAAGACCUGGACUUGUCCACUGCCGAGUGGCACAGGAGUGGUUGAUCUCGGCGCCGCCUGGAUCAACGAUACCAACCAGAGCAUGAUGUAUGAGUUGGCGCGACGGGCAGGGGCCGAUUUGAUCGAGCAGAACACCACGGGCAACUGUCUUUUGCAGCGGGAGGACGGUGCCAUUACUGCUUUUCCUUACGGGCAGACUCCAUGCAUAACCCCCCAAAUUGUAAAAGAAAUAGAAGCCAUCCGCGACACCGCCGAGCAAGACUGCCAAUCCUUUUCUACCAGUCGUCCCCAGAGUCCCGCUCUCGACUCUCUCUCUUUCCUCGCCUAUCUGCAUUCCCGCAACGCCAGCCCCAUCGCCGCUGCCAACGCCUCCGUCUGGACUCGCGCCAUGCUUGGACAGGAACCCCAGGACAUCUCCGCCCUCUACUUUCUCAAUUACUGCAAGUCCGGCGGCGGAUUACUCCAGAUGCGCUCGGAUCGGAAACACGGCGCGCAGUAUCUACGUGUGCGACAGGGAACGCAGAUAUUUGCGAAGACUUUGGCGGAAUCUUUGCCUACGGAUACAAUUCGGUUCGGUCAGAGAGUGGUAGGGAUCACGCAGGUGCAGAAAGGGGUGAAUUACGUGCAGACGGAGAGUGGAUUGGUGGUCAAGGCUCGGAAGGUGAUUUGUUCUGUGCCGACACCUGUCCUCAAGACGAUCAAGUUCGAGCCGCAACUACCUGCUGCCAAGCAGCUCCUGGUCGAUUCUUUCAGAUAUGGCUACUACACUAAGGUGAUGUUGUCGUUCCGUACAGCGUGGUGGGCGGAUCGUGGGUUCUGUGGACUGGCACAGUCGUUUGUUGGUCCUGCAUCGAUUUAUCGCGAUACGAGUAGCCCAGAGGAUGGGAAGUGGGUGCUAACGGCGUUUUUGGCGGGUGAUGCUGGGAGGAACUGGUCUGCGUUGGGGAGUCAAAGGGAGCGUGAAUUGGCGUUGUUGGAGCAGUUGGGGGCUAUCUAUGGCGAUAAGGAUCUGCCUAAGAGGGAGUUUGUCGAGGCUCUCGGUCAUGAGUGGUCUACUGAGGAGCUCUCUGGCUGGGGCUGUCCUUGUCCGGCACUGCCGCCGGGCGUGUUGACGCUGGCUGGAGAUGCUCUCCGAGAACCGUUUCGGGAUGUGCAUUUCGUGGGGACAGAGACGGCAGAGGAGUGGAAGGGUUAUAUGGAGGGUGCAGUGCGCAGUGGGAAGAGGGGGGCGGCGGAGGCUGUUAAGGGGCUGACGAGGAGUCAAUUGUGA